UAAAUAAACACCUUUCUUUGGGAUUACAGUGGAGGCCUACUUUUAGGAGGCUAAGCCCCCCCUCAUAAUCGUCUGGGUUAAUUUUUAACUGAAAAUAAAAAAAACCCUGUUAUUUGCAUGAAGAACAAUGGCCAGGUGACUCAUGCGUAACAGACCCAACUGGCGAAUCAGCGCGCAGGAUGUCCCCAGGAAACGCUCCCCGGUGUGGUCUCCACCUUCAGACGAGCAGGACUGUCGACAAAGAGCAGCGAUGGCCUGCGGCGGAUACGUUUGCACCAAGAACGCGCUUGGCGCGCUCAACAUUCUUUAUGUUUUGGUGAGUCUGCUGCUGAUCGGAGUGGCAGCCUGGGGGAAAUGGUUCGGCCUGGUCUCGAGCAUCAGGGUGAUGGCAGGCGUCAUCGGCGUGGGCAUCUUCCUGUUCCUCGUCGCCUUCGUGGGCCUGUGCGGUGCCCUGAAGCACCACCAGGUCCUGCUUUUCUUCUACAUGAUUAUUCUGUUCACAGUGUUCGUCUUGCAGUUCUCUGUGUCCUGUGCUUGUCUGGCCCUGAAUAAAGACCAACAGAACCAUCUUCUCGAGGUUGGCUGGAACAAAUCCGAGGCUACGCAACAGGACGUAGAGAAAACUCUCGACUGUUGUGGUUUCUCUAAUGUCAACUACAAUGGCUCCUGUGCCGCCACAUGCUUUAAGGACACACCCCCGUCUUGUAAAACCUGCUCAAGCACCAUCCAGCAUUAUGCCGGGGAGGUGCUACGGUUUGUCGGUGGUCUCGGACUCUUCUUCAGUUUCACAGAGAUCCUUGGUGUUUGGCUCGCCCACAGAUACAGAAAUCUCAAAGAUCCCCGAUCAAACCCUGGAGCCUUUCUAUAGCCAUGCACCGGUUAAUAAAUUGCACUGCUGAAUAAUUGUUUGUCCCCAUAUAACUUACUAAAAUGUUUCAUUUAAGGCUGGAUGGUAACCUUUUUUUCCCUUAGUAAUUCCCACUGUUGCUAGAAGUGACAGUCAGUUUAAAUGACACAAGAGAGAAGUCAGGAAACUGACUGAAAUGUCAGUUACAAGUUUGCACUGGUCAUAUCAGACCGAGUAGCCCACACCUCCAAAAACCCUAACAGCAGCAAAUGUGCAUCUCACUGCUUAAACCAUUCAACUUUUUGUUUGAUAUAUAUAAUAUUUCAAUGUUCAAAACAUAAGUUGCUUUCAGACAUGCACUGAAGCCCAGAAAGAUUUCCUGAACUUUUUUGGAAAUGUCUGUACGUAAGUCUUUAUGAGUAUAGCUUGACAUGUAGGGAGGUAUGCUUUUUUAUUUAUUUUUUACUGAGCAUUAGAUAGAUAUAAAGGCCUGACAGUGAUAACAGCCUUCCACUUUAACUCACAAAAAGAUGAUUUUCCCCUGACCGCUUGACUGUUUUCUGUAUGUGAAACCUGAUAAGUUCUGCCUCGUCAUAGAAGCUUGGCAGCAACUGUGUGUGCUCACACCUUAUGCAAAUAAAGUGCCGGUUAGCACCACGACGGCUGGAUGACUGUGGUCACCACUCCCAGAUAAACAGUCCUCAGGACAAAUCCACUGUCUGCUUCUUAAUUCACGUUAAUCUUUUCCUGCCGUUUUCUGACCAUCCGGCGCCCGAUGGGAUGGUCAGAAAACGUCAGUAAAAGAUUCAACGUCAAGCCAAGUCAAAGCUGUUGCAGCUCGAUUGACAGAGUGAUUGUCAUUGAACUAAGAUUGCUUUUGUUUGUGUGUUCGUUGCUCUUUAAUUUCUAUUUUCAAAAAAAAAAAAUUGGACUUGAUGAACUUUUCAUAAAUCAUGUAUAUCCUCUCACGGUUUGUAGUUUUCCUUGCCUUUCCCGAAAUAAACAUGCAGAGUUGCAGAACACA